GGAAAAAUACCUCAAUUCUUUAUCGGAAAAGGAUUCACACGUCUCUAUAAAUUCACUUUAAUUUUCAUAUGCAAUAAUUAAGUUCAGGGAGAGAGAGGGAAGAACAAAUUAAGCUUAGCUUAGCCACAGUACCUUCAACUCAGCAUCAUCUACUGCCGUACAUUUCCCCGGUGGUUGGGUUGGGGGAAUCUACUGUGAAGGGCUCCAUGACAGAAAACUCAGGAUUAUCAUUUGAUCCUCACACAUGGGAACGACUGGCGAAAGAAUGUCUCUUAGCAGAUAGUUUCAGAUAUGUCUGGGGCUAUGAGUAUCCGAUUGCGGUCGCACCAGCCUGGGUUCUGCGGAAUGACAGUGUCGGAGUUGAAAUCAGUUUCUCCGAUCCCAUACUUCGAAUAAGUUCGCAGAAAAGGCACGGCAGAAGCUUUGAAGACAUGUCGACUGCAGCGGCUGAUUGGGCCCAUAUCACGUUUCCCGGACUAACCCAUGGUUGGGCAGAUCUACCGUUCUGCCGUCAGCAUUGGGACUGGCCGAUCGCACUGAAGGACAUACAAACCGCUGAGUAUGUGAAACUGGCGGUUCAGCAUGGCAUGCAGGGAGGCGUAGAGUCCAACCAUGGUAGCGGCCAGUAGGGUGGUGGGGUGGGCUCUCUGGACAUGCUCUCGGAGAUUGUGGAAGAGGCGGGAAACGACCCAGAAGUCAUCUUCGACUGUAGAAUGUGCUGUGUUGCUGAUUUGGUAAAGGCCGUAACCUUUCGGGACCGAGAUGCUCCUCAAAAGUUGUCCAUUUGUGUACGGACUUGCUAUCGCUGGAAGAAAUGCUGUUCAUCAUGUACUGCUGAGUACCCUUGCUAACCAGCAGCUUAUGCUCAAUUUGUUCGGGUACAAGUCUGUGAGGCCUGUACAUCUGAGUAGAUCCAUACACUGGCGGGUGGACUAAAUUCACGUAGGCACCGCUGAGAUAAUGGUUAUGCCUUGCCAUCAUCCUGAGAUGUUCAAUCAAGAGCUCUGCUUACCAGCUGGCCAUCUGGUGGAAUACUCUGGCGGCUCAAAUUCAUUGCGAUCUUCUGAGAAUGAUGUCGAACCAUGGCCCCGCAGGUCCCAAGGUGCUCAUGGAAGCUAACAGCUACAAGAUAGUAAAUCAAGGUCGAUAGGCUGAGUCUAUCUAGUGUAUACACUUGUUAUCAGAAUUUGGGAUGCUACAACUAAGGGACAUGAAAUAUUGUUUCUUAAUAAUGCAU